AUGUCUGAAACAACUAUGUCUAUGAAUGCUCAGGCAAUUAAAAUUGAACCACCAGAAUAUUCAGCAGAGGACAUUAAAUGUGAAAAUGAGGACAAAUUUGAUGCCAUCGAUGCUAUUGUUAAAUUUGAAUCGUGCUCUGAGGAUGGUGAAACGAGUUUAGAAAAAUUCAUGAACUCCGAGGUGACAAUUGAAGAAGUCAAACAGGAGUCUUAUGAAUGUGGCAUUUGUAAUCAAUCAUUUCCAGAACUGCAUCAUUUAAAAGAGCAUAUGGUCAAUCACAAGCCUAGUAAUAAUGAAGAACGCCCUUUUAAAUGCGAAGUCUGUCACAAGACUUUCAAACUAUUAAAACAGGUAAGAGCACACAUGAUGAUACAUUCUGAAGAACGACCCUUUGAAUGCGAUGUAUGUCAUAAGGCAUUCAAUAAUAAAGCCUAUUUGACCAAACACAUGCCCAUUCACAGUACUGAGCGCACCCAUGAAUGCAGCACAUGCAAUAAGACUUUCAAACGAAUAUGUCAUCUGAAAAGACACAUGCUAAUACACAGUGAAGUACGCCCCCAUGAGUGCGGUAUUUGCAAUAAGACAUUCACACAAUUAUGUAACCUGAAAAGCCACAUGCUCCUUCACAGUGGCAAACGACCCUACGAGUGCAGUACUUGCAAAAAGACAUUUACACAAUUAUGCAGCUUGAAACUUCACAUGCUCAUCCACAGUGGUGAGCGCCCCCAUGAAUGCAAUUUAUGCAAAAAGAAAUUCUCACUAGUAAGUCAUCUGAACAGACACAUGUUGAUACACAGUGGAGUACGUCCAUAUGAAUGUAAUAUAUGCAAUAAAGCAUUCACACAUUCUGAUUAUCUGAAAAGUCACAUGCUGAUACACAAUGGAGUACGUCCUUAUAAAUGCAACAUAUGCAAUAAGACCUUCACACAAUCAAGUUACAUGAAAAAACACAUGAUAAAGCAUGAAGGGGUACGCUCGCAUAAAUGCAACACAUGCGAUAAAACAUUCACACAUUUAGGUCAUCUGAAAAGACACAUGCUCAUUCACAGUGGUGAACGCCCCCACGAAUGCAAUGUAUGCAAUAAGACAUUCACUCAAUCAAGUGCUUUGAAAACUCAUAUGGUAACGCACGAAGAAGUACGAUCCGAAGAAUGCAAUAUUUGUCAUAAGAAAUUCAAACUAUACAGCACUCUGAAGAGACACAUGCUGGUUCAUAGCAGAGAGCAGCCUUAUGAAUGUGCAAUAUGCAAUACACGAUUUACUCAAUCGAACAAUUUGAAGAAACACAUGGCAUUUCAUUGUCGAAAACUUGAAAAUCAAUGA